UGGCUGUCACGAUCACGGUGUACGUGAGUAUGUCGUCUCCCGUUCCCGCGUGUCCAAUACGAGCGAGCAUAAAAUCAUCGAGUACGACCGAUAUGUGAUGAUCGGCGGGUCGGGUCGUUCGAAUAUUGAAAAAAAGUAUCGUUUCGUAAGCGCGACGUAAAGACGUGUGAAAUUAGAGUAUAAAAGAUAGCGUACGGCCGCACGCGGGAAAUCGCUCGUAACGGAGGGACUCCGGUAACCGCGUUGGAGACGAGUAAACGCGCGUUAUCGUAUGUGUGAUGAAUCGAUAGUGAUUCCACGAUUCCAGAAUUCGAAAGAGAUCAACGUUAGAUGGUUGUCGGGAUUUUUCUCGAUAAUAAUAAUUAUCCAAGUAUAUAUAUAUAUAUAUAUAUAUCGACGAGGGCAGGUAUAAAUAACGAUUUAUUUCAUGCGUUAUCUACCGCAUGCAAUCUUUCCAAGUGUGUCUGUGUGAUUAUUAAAUAAUAAGGAGAAAAUUUAAACAAUACAAUAAAAUGCCUGCAGUCAGUAUCUGCGAUCCUAUUGCGGCUAGGCUCCAUUGUGCUUUGAAUAGUAAUUCUUCCAAAACCACAGAUGAUUUGUCCAUUGAAUUAGUCGGCAAUGCUUCUCGAAUUAUGCAAACGGAAAUUCGUUACGAAGAAUUAAAAGAUUAUCAAGCGGCAAAUCAGGUGCAAGCUAACUGCAACAUUUUUCUCAAUUUAUCCGAGAAUUUGGAGGAAAGCAAAGUCAAAGAUGGCACAAGUUAUAAGAAAAAGAUUGAUGCAAAUAAAGGACCAGUUUUACCAGAACCAGCUGUCACUUUGUAUUCUCCCAAGAAAGUUCAGCUGGGGUGGAAAGGCACAUUUCCAGUUGGAGCAGGCAUGUACAAUAUCGGGAAUACAUGUUACUUGAAUAGUACUCUUCAAGCAUUAUUUCAUGUUCCGGCUCUCGUCAACUGGUUAUUAUCAGAUCCGCAUCAUAAUUCCAAGAUGGAACAAAAUGAUGGAAAUGGAGAAUGCCUUACGUGUGCAGUGGCUAAGACUCUACAAUUCACUCAUCAGAAAUCUGGGGGUGCAAUCAAGCCAUUUUAUAUAUUUAAUAAACUAAAGCUCAUUUGUCGAACUAUGGUGCCUGGACAACAAGAAGAUGCUCACGAAUUUCUACGUUAUUUAUUGGAAGGGAUGGAACGUACGUAUUUAAAUAGGCAUAAAGCGACUAAAUUGGAUAGCUAUUCUAAAGAAACGACACCUAUUAAUCAAAUAUUUGGCGGUUAUAUACGUACUGAAGUAAAGUGCCUGCAAUGUCAACAUGUAUCUACCACGUUUCAACAUUUUCAGGAUUUGCUUGUGGAUAUACGUAAGGCGAAUACAUUGGACGAAGCGUUAAAUAGUUACUUCAGUAGAGAACAAUUGGAUAAUAAUGAUUAUAAAUGUGAAGCCUGUAAGAGAAGAGUUCCUGCCACCAAACAAUUCACAUUGGAGCGCCCACCAAAAGUGUUAUGUGUACAAUUGAAGCGAUUUAGCGUUUUAGGAGGAAAAAUAUCUAGACACAUCGGUUUUAAACAAACUAUAGAUAUGGGCCCGUACUUGUGGAGAGAACCGGGAGAAUCUCCCAGACAGCUUACCUACAAACUCAUGUCGAUGGUGACACACAUGGGUCCCUCUGUAAAUUGUGGUCAUUAUACGGCGAUCGCACAAGUAUCGAGUGGUCAAUAUUAUUCUUUCGAUGACUGCUGCGUUCGUCCAAUAAGCCUUAAUAAUGUUUUAAGUACAAACUCGUACAUUAUGAUCUUCGAGAUGGAAAAUUACAGUCAGAAUUCGCCAUCAACAAAAAUGAACGGUACAACAUCGGUAAAGAGUAUCGUGUCGACUGCGCCAGUACCCAAUUCUAUAAUAAAUAAAUCUAUUGCGUUAAAAGCAUCAACAUCUGCGGGAUGCUCGAACGGAAGCGAAUCGUCAAACAACCAUGAUGAAUCGAGCAAAUCGCGGCCAUUGAUCGGUCCGCAGCUGCCGCCGCAAAGAAAUGGCGUUGAAUUAAAUUUUCCUCUAAAAAAAUCCAGCGACACCGAUAAUAUAAAGUCAUCGCAGAAAAUGCAGGACAAGUCACAGCCAAGAUUAGUGAUGCAUAUUAAAAAUGGGAAAGUUUUAAAUGGUAACAGUUUAGUGCCCUAUGAUGUAGAUCCCACUUCCAGUGAAGAAGAGGAUAGUUGUCCUUCUGUCGGGACGGAGACUCUGAAAAAUCAAACCUCAAAUAAUACCGUAUCCCGAAUUAAUAUUACAAAUGGUGUGCCAAAAUGUGUCAUUACAAAAGACGGAUUAAAAACCAUCUCAAACUCUAAAGAAAUACAAAAGACUACCAACUCUAAAAGUAAUGGUAUAUCGACAAUGACGCCGCAAGCUACUAUUGUACAAUGUACGAAAACACAAAAUGGAUCUAAUAACAGUAAUGGCCGAAUAAGUUUAUUAAAACAUCAAAAUGGAAGAAUGGAAACAAACGGCGGUCAGUCGGAACAACGCGACAAGGAUACGUGGCGUCAAUCUGCCGCCAGAACUAAAAACGGACAGGAAGAGAAUGUGCCUACAAAGGCUACGAGUAGCAACAUUAAGGGUUGGCAAACUCCCAAGGACAAAUUUUCUCCCUCAUUCAACGGAUCCAAUGGAUGGACUGAUAAUGGGGAAGACGCCAAGGUCAAUCAAGGUAAUACAACACCGAAUGCCGCAGCUGUGCGAGAUUUUAAUGGUACCAACCGCUCGGACACUGUUUCACAUUUAUUGAAAAUGUCGCAUCGUGGAUAUGGCAGUACUUCCGUAACGAACUGGAAUGGCAGUAGAACACAGCUAGAUCGUGAUGUCGAUAACGACAGACGGGAGGAACGUAAACGUCAUUUUAAUACGGACGACGAAGAAAUGGAUAGGGGUCGCGUAAAGAAAGUCAAGGAUCAUUCGAGUCGUCGAUCGUACAAUGAGAGAUCUAAUACAAAUUAUAAUUCAUUCCAAGAAUACCAAAACAAAACCUGGAAUCGAUCAGUUAAUAGUUAUCAUCGAAGACAUUAUUAUAACACUUCCUAUGUGCGGCCGCGACACGGAAACAACUAUGGAAGGCCGCCGCAUUUCAGAUAUUCCUCUCAUAGAUAUCUAUAGAUAUCGCUCGUGCUCGCGACACCGAGUGAUGAGCGUGAGUGUAGGCAAUGGUAAAAGAUUUUAGGAGUUGUAUGUGGACAAUUCAGAAAGCUGGUGUAAUAAACUGUGUAAUACCGAUUUUCACUUGCUAAAUAAAUAUCAUUUCUUAGCAUGAGAUUGAAAAUAAACUGUUGAAUAAAGUUUCAACAGUAAACUAUCGUGUUUCAGUUGAUAUACAUAUAUAUUAUAUAUAUGGACAUUUUGAAGAUAAUGACAUACAUUCACGUUUCAAGAGACAUAAUACAUGUUCCUGAUAGAUUCAUGGCAUUUUUGCUUCCUGCAUAAGUUUGGUACACACGCUUCUAUCAUAAGAAGCGAUCCAUGGGGGAUGAGUAUCGCCAACUGUACCAAUUUGUGUUCAACGUGAAAAAUAUUAUAGAAAACUCCGUAAUUUUUUCUAAUCCUAAUACGCGCGAAUAACCGUAAUUUUUAAAUACAUAUUCAUCAUUAAAUUCAACAUGAUACUUUUGAACAGUGAAAAUCUGACAUGGCGGUGUGAAUAUAAAUUAAAUGUAAAUUGAAUUUGAUUGUAUAUUAUUUAAUACAGCUUAUUAGGAU